AGCUAGAUAAAUGCGAAGGAGUCACGUGUGAACUUGUAGGAACAAAUUGUCGUGAGGAAACAUGAUGCUACAAUGUUCGCUCAUCGCUCUUGUGGAGGUAUCUCUAACUUGUCGUUACUUAGCAUUGACUAACAAAAUGCUACAUGGGUAUAUGAAAACUGCUUCUCCAGCAACCCUCUUGGCCAAAUACCGAAAUAUAAAUAAAAAAAGAGGGGGCGUAUCACCAGUGCUUCAGCAACAAAGUGACCCCAAGGCCGCACCUCUCCAGAAAUAGCCUCACUUCCCAGCUGUGCAGGCAUCGCAGGUAGUUAUCCAAACAUUCUGCCCUACCCUCUAAGGGGUAGCAAUAUAAAUGUA